UCCCUCCCAUUUUUUUUUAUAACUUCCCUUCAUAGUCAGCAACAAUAAACCAGUACCUUUUUCUUACUUCCUGCAUAUCUCAGCCAGUGCGCGCUUCUAUCUGCAUACACAUUACUGUGUUAACCCUUACAGAGCUCUGCAGACAUGGCCGAGUUAUUACAAAGCAAACGGACAGAAAUAAUCAACUCCUGUACCUCACCACAAAUUGAUGAUCUUCUGGAUGACUUAAGAUCAGAAAACAUAUUUAGUAAAGCAGAGUUUGAAUGUAUCAGAGAGGGAUAUUCCAAACCAAAAGACAAAUGUCGUACCCUGUUAAACAUGGUGAUCAAAAAAGGAGACAAAUCCAGCAUCUUCUUGCUUCAGAGACUAGGACUAGCAGAAACCGCUAUACCUCCCGUAUCCAAUGAGAAACAAAAACCAGAAGAAAACACGAUCUCAGUUAAAACAGGAGAUGCUGGAGAAAUUGAAAGAGUUUGCUGCUCGGGAAGAACAUUUGGAUUCGGAUAGCACCUUCAUAGUUAUAAUGUCUCAUGGUGAGAAUAAUGGAAUCUGUGGUGUAAACAGUGAGAGAGAAAAAAAUAAAGAAAAGGAACCUGACAUUGUUACUGACCUUCUGUGCUUAAAUAAAGUCUUUAACGCUCUUAAUAACCAAAACUGUCGAAAUCUCAUGGACAAACCCAAAGUCAUCAUCAUUCAAGCAUGUCGUGGACAUAAUCCUGGCACUGUGUUGGUUAGUGAUUCUAUGACACAGUCUGAUGAUACGUUGUUUGAGAAUGAUGCAACACGUCAGAUUAAUAAAGAGUCUGACUUUAUCUGCCUAUAUUCCUGCACCCCAGACACUGUUUCUUGGAGACAUCCAAAAACUGGUUCCUUGUUCAUUCAAAGUCUGAUAAAAAAAAUGAAUGAGACUUCUCAUUGUAAACCACUGCAAGAGAUAUUCCAGGAAGUACAGUUUUCUUUUAAGGGUGAGUGUCAGAUGCCCACUUUAGAAAGAACCACAUUGGUGAAGAAGUUUUACCUGUUCCCUGGCCAAUAACUCUAUAUAUGGUAUAACAAAUGGACCCAUAUAGUAUGGGCAUACAAUCAUACAAUCUUAUUCAUUGUUCUGGAAAUGUGAAACAGAUUACAUUACAACUUUGAAAUGAGAAACCAAAGAAUUAAGUUUACCUCCUGACAAGAUUUGGAUUCAUUCUAAUUUUAAUUAAGCUUCUUGCUUCCCAAGCAUUUUUAUUUUAUUUAUUUUUAAAUCACAAACUGGCACAACAUUAAAAAUAAAAGCUCUUUGAG